GACGAGUCGAUUUUGAAGAGAGAUCGACGGCCGUUUUGCGUAUUUAUUUACCCGCUAUAAAGACACGGCGUGUGACUAGCAGCGUUCAGGGUCAAGGUGACAUCGCAUAGAGAAAGAGACGGAAACCGACAAAGUUGCAUUUUUACAAUCCACGGACUGUACUCGCAAUCGUGGCACUUUUUGCGCCGAGUGUACUGUGUAGAUGCAUGUAUCCACUGCGCACGGAUGAACGUCAUGAAGAAUGACAUUUAAAAUUUGCAGUUAAAGAUCAUACGAUAAUAGAACAGAGAAGCCUUGCUGAUUCGCGGUGUGACAGUUACCGUUACAUGGAGUAUUGAACGAGAGACGAAAUACAUUAACAUGGACAACGUGGACCAGCAUUUGAUUCAUCAGUUCAGUUGCCUAGGCACAACCGACAGGGACGAUCUGGUAAAGCAGCUGCAGAAGCUGCUGGCUGGCAGCCAGCUCAAUGAAACGACCGCCGAGUUCUUCUUGGAUAUGAAUAAUUGGAACCUCCAAGCAGCGAUAUGUAGCUACUUUGACUUUGAAUCUCCGAUUCAAAAUAAGUUUCCUUGUAUGAUGCUGGUAUGUGACAGCACCAUCGGUGAAGGAGAAUCAAUACCGCCCCUCACUAAGUUUCGAAAAUCAUGGCAUGUACAAAACAGUGGUACAGAAGCAUGGCCUGAUGGAAUCUGUUUACAGUAUAUAGGAGGGGUACAAAUGGGAGCAUGUACAAGAGUACCAGUACCAUCACUAGGUCCGGCAGAGAUAACUGAAGUGAAUGUGGAUCUUCAGAGUCCUCCAAAUUGUGGUACAUUUCAAAGUAAAUGGAGGAUGAUGGUAAAGUCUACAGAAAUCUUUUUCGGAAAUGUUAUUUGGAUAACCAUUACAGUAAGUGAAAGUGGUACUCUGGCCAUUACUCAACAACUGCAUCAAUUAAGUACUUCAUCAUCUAAUGAUGCAAAGAUGUGCUAGCCCCGAAUAUCCAGAAAAUUUCCUUAACUUCUCUCCUUCUCAUUUUUUAAACGCCUUUGAUUAUUUUUAAACCAAACAAAGUUAAAAGUAACAUGUUCGUUUAAGAUACCGUUUUAGAACAUUAGAAACAUUUUUAUUUUCCUUUGUAGUCACGCGAGAAAACAAUAUCUUUAAUGGAUAAUUACAUGAUUUAAGACAGUACUGGAUUUAAAUACCAUAUUGUAUAGAAGUAAGAUAAUUUUGUUAAAUUCUGAAAGUUGCUUACACAAGGCCUUUUGUCGUCCAUGCUUGUCAGUUACACCCUUCUGGAGGAUCUUCUUUUAUUCGAUUGUUUCUGUAAUGUGACGUGUGGCAAACGACUAUGGCUAGAGCUGUAACAGACACGUAUGGACCAUUUUUGAAACUGGUACUGAUAGAAAUUGAUAUAAAUAUAAAUAAUUUAAAAAAGUAUAUAUAUAUACAUAUAUUAUUACAAAAUAUAUAUAUAUAUUUUUUUGCGUGUGUAUAAUUAAGAUACGAGUUUAUUAAAGAAAGAAAUGAAUAAAAACAAUUUUUAUUAGAAAAUAAAAUAUAGAUAUGGUUGAAAUAUGAUAAUGCUACAUGAAUUCAUUCACCGAUUUAAUGUCAAUUGUACACGUAUUUUCUUAAUUGUUAAAUCUUGCUUCUAGAUUAAAAAAAAAAAAAAUGUACAUAAGCUUGUUCGCACUCCGUUUUUAAACGGCCAUUGGCAUGGAGAUUUUUGUAUGUGGGACGUAUCCGAUCAGUUCGAAAUCAUCUGCCGUGAAAUCAUUUAUAUUUUCAACGUUCUUGACGAUUUUUAAACAUGGGAAUGAUUUUGGCACACGCUUUAUUUGCUCCUCAAGCGCGGAUAUGUGAUUGAGAUACACGUGACAGUCACCCAUUGUAUGUACAAAUUCACCUGGCUAGAAAUAAAUUAAAAGAUGCAAGUUUCUGUUAAAAAG